UCUAUGAGACAACUUAGCACAGUCUUGGUCGGUUAGUCUUAAAAGAAAUUUUCAGCUGUUCGAACAUAAUGGAAUUGCAAGCAAAUUUAGAAAAUGUUUUACAAAAAGUAAAUAAUUUUAUAAAUAUUGACGCUAAACGGCAAAUUUACGCAGCGCAUUUUGACAAUUUAAAAAAUACAAUUUUUAAUGAGUUGCGAAAGAAUGAAGUAUUGGCAUACUUGUUCAACGGUUUCCAGUUGGCAGGCAGUUAUGGCGACAAUGUUAAAGUCACUGUACCCAAUGAAUAUGAUAUGGUAUUUAACAUCAAGUUCCCAGAACAACCAUUGAUUAUUGUUACGGCAGAUCAUGAGUUACCUGGUAAUGUUUUUCUAGACUUUACCCGAGUAAUACACAAAAUUGCAAAGGAAAAGCAACAUGAGAAAAUUUUACAACACCUUAAGCAGUGGCUUGACGAUGAAAAUUAUCUUAAAGUUGAAAAGUUUCAAUGGUUUCUUCGAAGUUGCUUUAUUGACGUUUUAACCAAAAUGAAUUUCAAGAUAACUUUUAAAGGAAGGACAUCUUCAUUACGUUAUAGUCGUGAAGGUCCCGCUCAUACUAUUAAAGUUACGGAAUCAUUGAAUUUUGAGUAUUCGGUAGAUUUUGUUCCUGGUAUAUUGUUAAACGCUAAUCAAUGUGUUACUUCAAAUAUUGUCGGCCAAUGGGAAGCUAUACCUAAGCCUACACCAACUAAUAAUCACCUGUACAAAUCAUUUAGAGCAUCGUUUUAUCGACAAGAACAAAACAUAAUAAAAAACCAACAACAAUUGAAAAAUGUUUAUCGCAUGAUGAAAAAAUUUAGAGAUUCCAAAACUAAUAUGUUGAAAAUGAAAAGUUACUUUAUCAAAACGCUCUUCCUAUGGAAGUCGAGCAGAGAAAAUGUGAGCUAUUGGUCCAAACCAUUAACGGAAAUAAUAAUUGAUAUGUUUAAAGACAUGGAAAAGAGCUUGCGUGAGGAAAAAUUACCCUUUUAUUGGGAUAGAAAGUUGAAUUUAUAUGAUAAUUAUCAACCCAGACUAAUGCGUGAAAUGUUAAAUUGUGUUGAAAGCGCCCGAGAGACAUUAGAAAAGGCAGCCAAGGAAUUAACUCUUCCUCUACAGAAAAGAGUUUUCUGUAUUUUUUUGGACAAAAAAGAACAAUCAUUGUUAGAGGCUCAAAAUAAUAAUGGACAUUUGACAAGCGAAAAUUGCAAUGCUACAAAUAUGCAAAUAAAAUUAAAUCAAACGCCAGCUUCAGUUGAGCCAAAACUAGAAGACAAGUCAAAAUGUAUUAUUUUAUAAACUAUUAUUCCACGAUAUAUGUAGGUACCUACCUACAAUACAAAAAAUAUUUUUAUAAUACAAUUUAUUUUAUACAUAAUUAUAGAUUUUUUAAAUUUUAGACAAAACUAUUUUUAAAAACAUGUUUUAUAACUAUGAUU